GAGGCCGAUCUCCGAGACGCGGAUUACUAGGGUCAGACAGCUGGGGUACACAUGCAGAUGCGGAUGCAGCUGCAGGAACCUAGUCGCCUAUACUGACUCGAUGGUACGAUGCUAGCCACUAGACCGCCGCAUUCAACUUCGAUUGAAGUCUGUGCUGACUUCGGCUACACCGGACGGUCCGCGAGUGAAUUCUGUGGUGGAUUUGUUGGCAACAGCGGGAGCAAUAUAUUCAGUUUGGUACUAGCCUUGGCAACGUGCCAGCUGUCCGACCAUUGGCAUUUUGAUUUCGCAAGGAAGCGACCUCAUAGCGACCAUCCCAAAACCAGAGUUCUAGAGGUGCUCCUAAUUCAAUUCUCCUGUGAAACGAUUAGGCACACCCCACCGCGGCCUAUUAGUGACAAACCAGAGUUUGCCACCAGGGCAGUGAACCCUGGAGAGCUCUCCAUGUGUGGCCCGGCUCUGGGAUUAGGGCCCUUUUUUAGCGCGUGCGGAGUCCAGCCCCGACGGUUUCCCCGCGAUGGAUCGCUUCUGCUCUGCCCGGCCUGUUUUGCGCUCUGCCACCCAGCUCCCUUCUUCCUCCAUGGAAAAGUCCUCUCCUCUGCUCGACGGGUUUCUAUCCGCAUUGCGUCUUGUCAACGGCGCAUCCCAGAAGGCUUAGCUGUCGUCGUGGGUACGUAUGUCAAGCCAGUUACUCAUCAACAACUGCCUCGGUCUCUUUCCCCGCUUGUAAUUGCCUCGUAAGGAAUAAGGUCCGGUUCUUUCGCUCCUUUCGUCUUGGC